ACACACGCGCAGAGAAGAAACGCAAAAUCCCUAAAUUGAAAAGAACGAAAGAAAGCGAGAGAGAGGCUCUGUGUUUGUUCCCAAUCCAAUCCAUGGCGUCAACGAGUCAACGACCCCUCCUGCUAGCUCUGCUGAUCCUCUCGAUCUUGGCAAUCUCCGCUACCGCCAGGCCCUGCAAGUCCCUCUUCAUCUCCUCCUACUCCGUCUCCCUCAGGCGCUUCCCCUCCUCUUCCUCCUCCUCGGGAUUCGUCACCGUCGUCACCGAGAUCAGACAACUCAAGCCCAUCCGCUUCGACGACGCCGUUUUGGACAACCCCAACCAAAACCAGCCCGACGCCUCCGCCGAUGAGGCCCGCCAGCCGCAGCAGAGGAUGAUGCCUCUCCUCCCCCUCUCCACCGACCUCACCUCCCUCCGCGACCGCACCAAGGACAUCCUCAGCGUCGUCGUCGCCCUCCUCUUCGGCGUCGGCUGCGGCGCCCUCACCGCCGCCACCAUGUACUUGGCCUGGUCCCUCUUCUCCACCCGCCACGACGACGACGCCGAUGACGUCAGCCCUAAGAAGGUGGGGUAUGUCAAGAUUCCGGAGGCGGUUGUUGACUCAGCACCGGUGAAAGAAGCCAAAGCCGCCGCGGUAUGAUGUCUCUCACUGGCUAAUUCCAUCUCUUGGGUUAUUUUCUUGUAUGAAAAUCUGUGUAACUGUGUUGUGGGCUCAUGAUAAAUAAGCAUAUGUCGAACGCUGUGGUCUGUGUAUUGGCUCAAAAUACUGUGUCUCCUUCUUUCUCUACAUAUAUUAUCUAUUUCCUGAAACAUGAUGAUACAUUUGAAGUGAUAUACUGUAAUUAUUAUUUUUUAAUAUCUCCGAUUUCGUAUGCUGA